AUGGGUGGAGGAGAUCUAAAUUUAAAGAAAAGCUGGCAUCCAGCCACACUUAAGAACCAGGAACGAGUAUGGAAAGAAGAACGCAAACAUUCUGACGAACAGAAAAAGAUUGAGCAAAUGAAAAAAGAGUUGAUGGAGGAACGGCAAUUGCAAGAACUUCAACAACUUCAAGAACAAGCUGGAUCAAAACAACGAUCCGAUCGACUCGAUUGGAUGUAUGCUGCGCCCAAUUCAAGCUCUGCUGGUGGCAAUCAAGAUGACAUGGAAGCCUUUUUGCUCGGUAAAAAGAGCGUAGAUCAGCUUAUACGAGACAAAAACAGCAAAGAAACUAACAGCGGCUUAACAGAUUAA